GCAUGCUUGUAUUGAAACGUACACUGGGUAGUUUAAUUAGUUUCAAUUCAACCGUACCCCCAGACCUCUCUCUCAUUGCAUUCUUAUAUUUUACUAGUUUUUUUAAUCUGUUCCUCGACGAUCCUGGGCUUGAGUGAGUCAUGGAUUCGCAGGAAUGGAUUAUUUUCAUACUCCUGAGUUUACAUCUUUGUUCCGCCACCAUAGCCGCCGACAACAUAGAUCCCAAUUACGAAUGGCACCAGUGCGGAACGAGUGGGAACUACACUCCAAACAGCACAUACGACAACAACCUCAACACACUUCUGUCGUCCCUCUCAAACAACGUAAACCAAUACGGAUUCUACAACGGUUCCGUUGGGCAAGACUCGGAGAGGGCUAGCGCUAUUGUGCUGUGCAGAGGGGACAUUGAACUGAGUGUAUGUCGUGGGUGUGUUAAGGAUAAUGCUGAGAGGAUCAAACAGUUGUGUCCUAAUCAGAGGGAGGCAUUCCGGUGGUACAACAUCUGCAGUAUAUAUUACUCCCAUGAAUCCAUCCUAGGUUCUUUGCGAAUCACUCCUGAAAUCGAACAACAUAGUAUUACCCCUGUUAAGAAUCCUGGUCAGUUUAAUCAGGAUUUGACGAGCCUGGUAGACAGACUAAGAAGACAAGCCGUGAAUGGCGGUCCGUUCCUCAAGUACGCGGCUAAUAGUACGGCGGGACCGGACUCCCAGACCAUAUAUGCGUAUGUGCAGUGCACCCCUGAUUUGUCUGUUCGCGAUUGCGAAAAUUGCCUGAAAAGUGCUUUCGCUCUAUGGAAUAAAUCGAAGGGUAAUGGGAUGAUAGGGGCAAGAGUUCUGCGUCCCAGCUGCUUUUUUCGCUAUGAGAUUAGCCCCUUCUUCGGUGCCUCGCUCAUUAACGGAUCUCAUUCAGCACCUCAACCACUUCCACCACCACUAGCUUCGCCUUCACCUGCUUCUUCUCCUCCGCCACCACCGCAGUCAGGGAAGGAUGGUAAUAAAGCCUCAAGAGUAACCAUUGCUGCUUCAAUUGCGGCGGGACUCGUUCUUGGUGUCAUCAUCUGAUUCAGUUAAGGCUCAAGAACCACAAAGGAGAAGUUGCAGUUUAGAAUAAUUUGUGUUGAGCUGUACUGUUAUGCUCUGUUGAGUGAUCAUCUAUCGAAGGAAUACAGUUAUGUUUGUUUGUUUGAAUUAUGAGGUUUUUGAGUGCAUCUUGAGUGGAGAUAGAAUUUAAGUGUGAUUUUUUACUUGUAAUCAUAGACUUAUUAUGUUACUCAAUAAUAAAUUGAGCUUUUGUAA